AUGAAAAUUGGUCGUGCGGAAUAUAUGAUCUCGACCCCCAAAACAAAAUCUCUCUGGCACGAAAUAGCGACCCCUCUUGUACGGAGUGUUCCAGCAUAUUUCAACAGAUUAACUCCGAAUGUAGGUGUCACACUGCUCGCCACGAUCCGGCUGACGCAGUGCCCAGGCCAAUUCGACAGUCACACGCUCACCGGAAAUGCAACUUAUGUCGAUCCUGCCUGCGGUUUCUUCGCGUUUCAAAUCGGGGAUUCUUGCCCUACAGACAGUGGAAUGAAGCAGCCACAGUUUACCGUCAGCGUUACAUCGGCGGCAACUAUCUCGACCAGCGUCACAUUCUCGAGCCUCGACAUCUCCAGUCGCUUUUGA